CGUGCAUUCUAGCGAAAAUGACCAAAUGGGUCCCCACUUCUGGCAUUUAAUCUGGUUUCCAAAACCCUCAUAUGGUUUUGUCUCCCGGUUUUGAGAGCAUCGCCCCACAAUAAAUACUGGAGAACCGGCUGUAACAAGAGAGUGACUGUAAUGGCGUGCAGGAGCUUAAUUUCCAAGUUACCCCACCUCCGUUCGAUGGAAGGAUCUUCUAGAGUUCCCCGCUACUUCAGCGAUGGAAAGGGAAGGCUUCUCAGUGAGGAAGAAAGAGCAGCUGAAAAGGUUUAUAUCCAGAAAAUGGAGAGCGAAAGAUUAGAGAAGAUGAAGAAGAAGAUGGAGCAGGAAAAGGAGAAGGAGAAAGAUGACAAGGUUUGGCCAUAAACAAGCAGAUGAAGGGCAUAAAGCAUGAUGUUCAGCUGGUCUAAUGCUUUAUGUGCAGUUUAUGUGAUGAUCAUGGGGCCUCCCCUAUGAUGAAGAAUAAGGGAUAUGACUUGGAUGACUUAUACUCAAGUUUACGUGUUUUUUGGGUAAAUACUAAUGGCUCUUGUACAUCUUAUUUAUAAUUAUGCGGCUUGUAUUAUGCA